AUGGCCCAAAGUAGUAGCACCGCCACCAAUGGUACUCUAACUACCUCUUUCUAUUUUCCGGGCGGCGCCAACGCCAUGAUGUCACCCGUGGCAUCCGUCAUCGGCGUCAACGACACCUUCACCGACAUCGUCACCUACCUGAUCAAGUGCCCGUCGUCAUCUCUGUCCGCUUCGGAUUCGGCUUCGGCUUCCGCCUCCGCUUCCUCUGCAACCACCCCGGCCUCGACUACCACUGCCCCUUUCAACCGCCGCACCGUUAUUUCUGCUACCUCCACCUCCACCUACACCGAUACCGGUACCUACAGCGCCUCGGAUAUGAAGAGAACUUUCUGCAUAAUUCCCGAGGACGGCGAGACCCUCAUCGUUGGUCCUAGUACCAUGAACCUCCUCUACACCUCCUCGAGCACUACCAACGACAUGUCCUGCGCCAUCACAUGGGCCUCGUCCGGCUCGGCGGCCUCAGCAUCGGCAACUGCGGCGGUGUCCGCAUCGGCGACUCCCACUACCAGUGCCGAAGCCUUUUGCCGCGUGUAUGUCGUCGACCCGGGCCGCAACUUCCAGGCCAUCCAGGACUAUAAUUACCCGGACGCUGGAGAGGCGAGCAUGUGGCCGAAGCUGCUGGUUACGGCGGGGUUGGAGAAACUGCAGGCGGCGAGUGCGAGUGCGACGGCUUCGAUGGAUUCGCCCACGAUUACCGGUUCUGGGGCCGAGGCAUCGUCGACGGGUGCGGCGGCUGCACUGCGGUUUGAUUUCCCUACGGCUAUGGGCAUGACGGGCGCUGCGGGUAUUUUGGCUGUUGCUUUGGCGCUGUGA